AUGGGUAAUAUCGAAGGUAAGGACGCCAAAGCGGACAAAGAAAAACAGCCAAAGGUCCAAAUGGCACAGCCGUUGGGUGCCAACGACCGGCAUUAUGCUCUGUACAAUCUGGUCGAUAUGCACGGUGGUGGAGAGCUGAUACCCUGGAUGAGGUAUGCCGUGAAUAGUGGUGAUCACAGCCUGAUCGAUGGGUACAUGGAGACCAAAGUUUGUGUACGUUUGCUUACUUUUGAAGGUUCAGAUAGCUCUUAUUGUAAAAAUUGAGAUAUAGUUUUCAAACUUUAAAGUUUGAGUACGGUAUUUAGUACUGUACGUUCAAUAUCUUAUAUCUUGAGUACGGUAGUUAGUAUUGUACUGUUAAUAUAAAAGUUAUUAAACACCUUGAACAAAAAAUGAAAGUAAGGACAAUUACCUACAUUAUGAAAUUGUUUUCAGGACAUGACGUAUAACGGUGGGAAAGGCAGGCUAGAGUCGGUGGCCGAGUUGGUAAAAGCCCGUAACAAGGAGAGAAACGAACGUCUGGGAGCAUUCAGUAGAAAAAAGGGAAAAGGAAAAAGUGGUCCAAACAUUUUGGACAACUUUAAUCAGGAAAAUAAUCAAGGCGAUUUGAAGAAAGGUGAUCUUGAAACAUUUUGAGAUUAUAUACCUUUCUUUGGCUUAUUGAGAUUAGGCUUAAUUGGUUUGGUUUUUUAUGUCUAGGCUUAAUAGGCUUGAGCUUAAAGUUAGUGGGCAUAUUACUUUAUGCAAUAUUGUAAACAUACCAUUUUUAGCAUUAAAACUAUUGGAUGGAGGUAAAGGCGGCAAGGGUGAUGCAAAGUAUCGAGAAAUUGUAUGGAAGCUUGAUGCCAGAGGUGAGUUUAUAAAAAUUAAAUUUUAAAAGCACAAACAAUAUCGAAAUUCUUUAAAUAAUAAAACACAAAAAGUAAAAUUUUCAGGAUCAAUGGGAGAAAACCUCCUAGGAUGUUGCUUAAUGCAAGGUACAGCAGUUCACAAUCAACUAGCCAUCAAACUACUGGAACAAUUUCCGAAAUUGGUAAAUGACAUAUUCAUAUCAGAAGACUACUACGGUUUAUCCCCUUUACAUCAAGCAAUCGUGAAUGAAGACCCGUUCAUGGUCAGCUAUCUAUUGUCUAAAGGAGCUGAAAUCAACCAACGUUGUUACGGUGCCUUCUUCUCACCUGAUGACCAAAUCAGUAGCCGGACAGAUUCGUUGGAGCACGAAUAUGUUGAAGUCAACUCAGAUGACACGGAUUAUAAGGGGUGGGUUAUAUUUACAUAAACGUUAUACCGAAUAUGGCCAAAUCAUUCGCAGAGACGUAUUUUAAUGUUUAUAUACUAUUUUUUAAUUAUAAAAAUUCGAAAUUCAAAAAUUUUUUUUAAUUUAGAAAAAUGUACUUUGGAGAGUACCCAUUAGCAUUUGCUGCAUGUACGAACCAAAUUGACUGCUAUCGUAUACUGCGUGCUCACAAAGCCGAUCCAAAUUCUCGUGACACAAAUGGCAACACUGUGCUACAUAUGACCGUCAUUCAUGAAAAUUUAGUGAGUUUUUAAUGUCGUACUGCAUACUGUAUAUUCUUACAAGACACAAAGUACUACGAGUGUUAGCAUUGAUUUGAAAUACUUUCUAUUGUUUUAGGACAUGUUCAGACUUGUGUACGAGACCGGUGGAAAGCUACAAACAAUGAAUAAGCAAAAUCUCACCCCAUUGACUUUGGCUGCUAAAUUGGCCAAGAAAACGGUAAAAUAUUUAAAAAUUUAAUUUUAAAUUUUAAAAUAAUAAAAAGUACAAUUUUUGAAUAUUUUGUAACACUUUUUAGAUGUUCGAACAAAUCCUUCAGCUAGAAAGCAACGUGAUUUGGCAGUAUGGUGAUGCCGCUUCGACAGCGUUCCCAUUGGCCAAGAUCGACACGAUCAACCAAGAAACAGGAGAACUAAAUGAAGAUUCGGCACUAUCAUUAGUGGUUUAUGGCGACAGUAAAGAACAUUUGGACCUUUUGGAUGGAUUACUCGAAGAUUUGCUACAAGCAAAGUGGCAGGCUUAUGCUAAGAAAAGGUGGGUUUUUAGGCUUAUUCAUAAAUACUUUUUCCUUGUUUAAGUUUUGUAAAUAUUGAACUUGGUCGACUACAAUUUUAUUUUUUUCCAUGUUUUAGUUGGCAAAAGUCAUUAUCAGCAUUUGCAAUAUACUACCUGUUCUACUUCCUCGCCUUUAUGUCACGACCAUUUUCAUUAAACACAUCCGUAACCGCGGACUUCUGGAUUACCGAUACAGGGGUUGAUAACCGCAGUCACUCCACUCUGAUUCAUAUGAAUGAAUAUUAUCAGGAGUACGAACAAGAACAACAUAACCCUAUUUCCAUGUUCUUCUAUCAACAUUGGGCACACAAACCGUCCUGUUUCUUGUUCAUGUACUCAAAACAAGGUUUUCAAGGUUAUGUCAGGGCUGUAUGUGAGAUUACUGUAGUUUUAAUGGUUUUUAUACAAAUUAUCCUUGAAUUGGUGGAAAUUCGCAGUGUCGGCAAAAAGAGGUAUUGGCAAGUAUUGGUAAGCUUUAAAUUUAAACUUAUGUCAAUUAAAAAAGUUAAUAGUGCACUAAAAUUUAAUUAGGCUUAUUACAAGCCUAACAUUUACUUUUUUGAUCUAAGGUCGCAGAUGUUAAUUUUAAAAAAAUUAUAUUCCCCUUAUCUCAACUUCUCCAAGCUCAAAAAAAUAAAUUAAUUUUCAGAAAGCUUUCCCCGCCAAAAUUAUGUACAAAAUAAGCCUAAUCAUCACAAUGUGUGUGGUACCAGUACGAUUUUCUUGUGGGCUAGAAACAAAAUACAAUAUUAUGUUAGUAGCCGAAAACACGUUAAUGUUAGUGGCAGUUUUAAUGACAACAGUGCAUUUCCUGUUUUAUUGUCGCGCAGUCAAGUUUGUGGGACCAUUCGUGUUGAUGGUAUAUACCAUCAUAACACGAGACAUGUUCCGUUUCUUCGUGAUUUAUUUCAUUUUCCUUAUGGGAUUCUCGCAAGGAUUCUAUUUAAUCUUUUUGACAUGCGAACGCAGCUACAGAACACAUUUGAUCACGGAAGAGAAUAGAACAUUCAUCGAAGCGGCCAAAAGUAGGUCUUUUGGCAAAUGUCAAAGAUGUUGUACAGUGAAAAAUUGAUUCUUUAGUAUAAUAUCAAUUCAUUGGAACUUUUUUAGCAUUAUUGUAAACAAAAAGCAAACUUUCCCCAAUAAAAACUCCGUUUUCAGUGGCCGAAGACAAGAAUAUAAUGUCAAUCCCGAUCGAAUCCAUGCUUCGACUCUUUAUUACAACUAUCGGAGAAUUUACUGUGUUUUAUCGUGAAUUAAACGCGUGUAUGGCUACUAACAUGGCAUCGCUUGGUAAAGCAUUGUUUUUCAUUUUUGAAAUGUUUGUAAGCCUUAUGCAGUUUAACCUGCUGAUCGCUAUGAUGACACGGACAUACGAAUUGAUCUACCGGACACAAAAAGAAUGGAAACGACAGGUAUAUUGAGGUUUUUCGUUUUUUGUUGUAGAUUUUUUGGUUUUUGUUGUAUUUUUGUUUAUUUAUUUCUAUUUUUUCAUUAUAAUUUUCAUGUUCUUUAUAAUCCCAAUGAAACAAUAAUAAUAUUUUUAGUGGGCCCAAGUAAUUUUGAUGUUAGAACUGUCCCUCAAACCCAACGACCGCCUUAUGGCUUUGCUAAAGUAUUCAAGACCAAUAGGCACUGAUAAAAGAAGGAGAGCGUUUGUUGUCAACCGAAAGGUAAAACAUAAAUCAAAUUUUCAGCAUUAUAUUAAAAUUGACUAAAAUAUUUUCUGUACUAUAAUGUUUAAUCAUAUUAUCAUCUUAGAUCGACUCAUUGAACGAAAGCGAACGAAUUCAAAAAGAACGUUUGGAAAGCGAAAAACGCAAGGAAAAGAAAUUGUUAUUAAAGAGGAGGUUAAAGGUAAGUUACAACGCACAAAAGCUCCAAAAGGUAGUGCCAAAACACUCCUCUCAUUCAUCAAACUUUAAAAUAUAUAAAACCGCAAAAAUUAUUUUAUGGAUAUGAUUUACAAACCUCAAUAAUUCAGGGCUUCAAAGACGUUAAAAAUGGAAUGCGGCCAGUAACGUCCUACCUUACAGCUCCUACGCCAAUGCCGCGCAGGUAA